AUGUUAUAUUUCACACCUAAACUGCUGACUGAGUCUGGAAAGACUUCAUACAGUUUAAGGUCACCACGCCUGAUCAACUACAUCCCACAGGUUCAGGUGUCCCGGUCCAGAGAGAAGAGGACUGAUGUCUCUGAGGAGGAGCAGCCGUCCUGCUGUGCUUUGUGUCAGGACGUCCUGAAGGAUCCAGUCUCUAACAGCUGUGGACACUGGUUCUGCAGACAGUGCAUCAACCAGUUUUCCUCAGGAGACUCAUGCUGUCCACUGUGUGGAGAAACAUCCAGAUCAAUGCUCAUUGUUAAAUGUGAACAUCAGAGCCUUGUGAAGGAGAAAUGUGAACGAGUAACUGAGGGACCCGAUGAAACAGGAAGCGGAACCCCCCUCAGCAGGAUCUAUACUGUGCUCUACCUCACAGACGAACUGAGAGAGGAGGUUAAUACCCAACAUGAGGUGAGGCAGCUGGAGACAUCUUCCAAGAUGGAGACCCUCCAUGACUCUCAAAUCAAGUGCAGCAACAUCUUUAAAGCCUCACCUGGCCAACAGAAACCCAUCAGAGUCGUUCUGAUGAUCGGCGUCGCUGGCGUUGGAAAAACCUUCUCAGUGCAGAAGUUCUGUCUGGACUGGGCCGAGGGGUUGGAGAACCAAGAUGUCGAUCUGGUGAUUCCUCUUUCCUUCAGGGAGCUGAACCUGAUCAAAGAUGAGCAGUACAGUCUUCUGGAGCUGCUCCGUGUUUUCCAUCCAACAUUACAGGAGGUCCCAGCAGACCAGCUCGCUGCCUCCAGACUUCUCUUCAUCUUUGACGGCCUGGAUGAAAGCAGACUUUCACUGGAUUUCAACAAGAAGAAGGCUGUUCCUGAUGUCACACACAAGUCCUCAGUCAACCUGCUGUUGACAAACCUCAUCCAGGGGAAGCUGCUUCCCUCGGCUCUCGUCUGGAUAACUUCCUGACCUGCAGCAGCCAAUCAGAUCCCUCCUGCGUAUGUUGACAGGGUAACAGAAGUACGAGGC